CGCACUCGCACAGACAGGCACACACGCCCUUGCAGUAAGUGAAAGUGAAACUUAAGGAACAGCAGAAUCCCACAGGAGAAAAGAGACACGGAGCUCGUCGACUGGUUGGAACAUUUGACUCUUCGCUGAUUUCACUUCUAAAAACAUGAACAUGCCACAGACAUGGAGGAUUGUCCUUCUGGGAAAAACCGGAGUUGGAAAGAGCAGCCUUGCCAACAACAUAUUUGAAGAGGCCAAAUUCAAAAUAAACAAUUUCAGUGACUUGGAAAUGCAUUCCACCACAGCCGAAACAAAAUCUGUCAAUGGCAAACGCAUCACUUUGAUUGACACUCCUGGUUUCUUUGACCCGAGCAGGUCUGAGGAGGAGAUGAAGCUUGAGAUGAUGAGGUGCAUCACAGAGUGCGCUCCUGGGCCUCAUGCCUUUCUCAUUGUGUUUAAAGUGGAGAAAUUCAUUGAGCACAAUAAGGCUGUCGUCUCACAAAUGUGUAAAUACUUCUCUAAAAAUGCUCUAAAAUAUGCCGUGAUUGUCUUCACUCAUGGCGACCAGCUGCUAGAGGGAAUGACACUGGAGAAGUAUAUCGAGGAAAGUGGGGAUCUGGGUGACCUGGUGAAGAAGUGCGGGGGCCGAUGCCUCGUCGUCGAUAAUAAAUACUGGAAGGACAACCAAGGGGACGACAGAAGCAACCAGGUCCAGGUGGCAAAGCUGCUCAGCACCAUCAGCCAGAUAGUGGUAGAAAACAAGGGAAGAUUCUACACAGACAAAAAGCUACGCCAAGUCGGGGAAAAGAUAGGGGAAGAGGUCAUUAGACUAUCAUCAGGAAACAUGUCACAGGAAGAGAUCAGGGAGCAGGCGAAACGCAACGUCUUUAAGAUGCAGGUAGACGAUGCAGCUCGGGGGUCUGCAAUCACACAAAUGUUGUGUUGUUGUUAGUCUAGUUACUCGUACAGCUGAGUAUGAAUGCUGCCAAUAAAAACAGAUUCAAUUACUUUUAA